CACACACAUAGCAACCCGCGGCAGCGGAGCGAGGGACAGACGAGGAAGUGACUGUAGCAGGUGGGCAGAUACCGGUGUUACCACCACCACCACCAUCACCAGCUCUUCGUCUGAUACAUUAUUCCCGUGUUUCCAACCUGCGCGAGUUACGCACAGGACGCGCAGGACGAGGUUGGCUGACCGUCGACGCACUUUAAAAAGACGGAAGAAAGAAACAAAGGGGAGACAAACGUGAAUAGCUGACAGUGAGACGAGAGAGAGGUCGUUAAGUGAGCACGACGUGAGGUCGCUUAGCUCCGUGGUCGCUGUUGUCAGAGACCAUUACACCAGCUGCAGAGUCCAUUAAAGCGGCUUGUUGACUGUGAGAGCGCAGGGCUGCAGGUGUUUUUCUUCUUCAGAGGAGUUAACAUGCAGGUACGGACAGUGAGGAGGAGGAUGGUCCAGUGUCCCGUCUGUUGACUCUCUUUACCCUUCACUCUGUGACCAUGAAGGACACGGGGGAGUCAAAGGAACACCAACUAACUGUUGCCUUGAGGAUCCGGCCCCUCAGCGAUGCUGAGCAGGAGGAGGCGGCUACGAUCGUGGCCCACAGAGUGGACGACCAGAUGGUGGUUCUGAUGGACCCCAUGGAGGACCCCGACGACAUCCUGCGUGCCAACCGCUCCAGGGAGAAAACGUACAUGUUUGAUGUGGCGUUCGACUACUCGGCCAAUCAGGAGGAGGUGUACCGAGCCACAACCAAAGGGCUGAUUGAGGGCCUCAUAUCAGGCUACAAUGCCACCGUGUUUGCCUACGGACCCACAGGUUGUGGGAAGACAUACACCAUGCUGGGGACGGACAAGGAGCCAGGCAUCUACGUUCGAACGCUGAACGACCUGUUCCGUGCCAUCGAGGAGACCAGUGACGACAUGAUGUACAGCGUCUCCAUGUCAUAUCUGGAGAUCUACAAUGAGAUGAUCCGUGACCUGCUGAACCCAUCCUCGGGCUUCUUGGACCUGCGAGAAGAUUCUAAAGGCGUGAUUCAGGUUGCUGGAAUCACAGAGGUGUCUACCAUCAAUGCACAAGAGAUCAUGGAAUUGCUGAUGAGGGGCAACAAGCAGCGCACCCAGGAGCCGACAGCCGCCAACCAGACGUCCUCUCGCUCCCACGCUGUUCUGCAGGUAGCCGUGAAGCAGCAGAGCCGGUCUCGAGACCUCCUGCAGGAGGUCCGCUUUGCUCGCCUCUUCAUGAUCGACCUCGCCGGCUCCGAACGAGCAGCACAGACUCAGAAUAGGGGUCAGAGGUUGAAAGAGGGGGCCCACAUCAACCGCUCCCUCCUGGCUCUGGGCAACUGCAUCAACGCCCUGAGUGACAAAAAUGGCAAAUAUGUCAACUAUCGAGACAGCAAGUUGACUCGACUACUAAAGGACUCGUUGGGCGGGAACAGCCGGACGGUCAUGAUAGCCCAUAUUAGCCCCGCCUCUGUGGGCUUUGAGGAGUCUCGUAACACACUGGCGUACGCUGACCGUGCCAAAAGCAUUCGAACACGGGUGAAGAAGAACCUGAUAAAUGUGUCGUACCACAUUGCUCAGUAUACCAACAUCAUCUCAGACCUGCGCAGCGAGAUCCAGCGGCUCAAGAAGAAGAUCGCAGAUCAGGCGAGCCGCCAGCUUAACUCGGACCGGGCUGACAUCCGCCAUGUCCAGGCGGAGGUCCAGGCCCACUCCAGCCACCAGAGUCGGGCAGAAAUGGACCAGUUGAGGGAGCAGCUCCUGGAUGCUUUCCGCCAACAGAUGGAGAUCAGGAGGAACCUGAUGGAGCUGGAAAACAGCAACAUGGAGGUCCAGAUCGACACCUCCAAACACUUGUUGACCAUUGCAGACUGGGAGCAGGAGCGGAAUAGGCGCAGGAGGAAGUGGCGGGCUGAAAGGAGGAAGGAAAGUGUCAAUAAGGACGAGAGCGAGAAGGACUCUGACUCCCCGGAGUCUCCUCCGGACAGCGCAGAGACCCAGCAGGUGGCGAUGGCCCGAGAAAACCUGGUUACACUCAUGGCGGAACAGAAAAAGAUCCACAAACAGAAGUCGCUGCUCGAGCGCAGAUUUCUGGAGCUUCGGGAUCGCGCCCGGCGCUUGGAGGAGCUGCUGCCUCGGCGGGUGAGCUCCGAGGAGCAGCGCGAGGUCCUGUGCCUCCUCUGCAAGGUCCACGAGCUGGAGAUCGAGAACACGGAGAUGCAGUCCAACGCGCUGCUCAAGGACAACGUCAUCCGGCACAAAAACUUUGUGGUGCAGCGCUUCGAGCAGCACAGACACCUGUGUGACGAGAUCAUACAGCAGCAGAGACAGUUCAUUGUUGACCACAGUCUGUUGGUACCUCCACACCUCCAGGAGCUGUACGAGAUGUACAUGAGGGAGCUGGACGAGAGGAAACUGGACCGAGCGAUGGCCCUGGAUAAGGUGACCACCAGACACACCAUCAAGGAGGGCUCUCUACCCAAGAUCACCCUGCCCGGUCAGGGUCGUGACAACAUGCAGGACAUGGACUCAGACCAGGAGAGUGUACGCAACAUGUGCUCCGAUAACAGACGAGGCCACGCCAAAAUCCGUAGGCACACUUUGCCCCCCAUUCUGCCUGAGCCAGAGCACGACAAUAACAGAGUUUUUAAGAGCAGUCCUCAUGCCAGGCAGAUAAAAAACUCUGCUGUAGUGACCCCGCCUCCCAUCCACAUAAACGGGAAGGGCAACCGAGAGCUACAGCCGCUGGCUCCUGAGAGCUCUCUGAGCUACAGCCAUCUCAGCCACAGCGUCAGCAGCCACCUGGACUCAUCGCCCGAGAGCAGCGAGGCUGGGGCUGAUAUCCCCCUCUUACAAAGUGAACGGCAGCAGAUCCUAAAGGGGGUGCAGAACAUUGUGGUGAAAGCAGCCCGUCGGCGCUCCAAAGCCCUGGAGGUGGAUGCCUUGCGGUUGCCCCCUCCCCCCUCUCCUCUGGACCCCAAGAAGCAGAAGAGCAGCCUCUCUUUGAGUGAAGCCCCCCCAAGAGGUUUGCCAAUGCGCCGCGGCAGGCAGCCCAGCCCUGAGCUCAGACACGCCACCUCGGACGAUAACAUGUCCAGCAGCACGGGGGAGGGGCCCGGCCUGCAAGUAACCUGGACACGCCCACGUAACCGUCAGGUCGCCGCCAAGAACCAAACGCCCCGCGACGCGGACUUUGAGGCUCGCCGCAAGAAGAGGCGCUCUCGCUCUUUCGAGGUCACUGGUCAGGCACUGCCUCAAACCAAGACAACCACAGCUCAGAGGUUCCGUCCUCUGGACAGCAUAUCAGACCACCAUCUCUACAACAACGUUCAGCCGCAGGCUCCCAUGCUCCGCCCUCAGUACAGAGGGGUCCCUCCUCUCGCCAAAAUCAGGGCACCCCACAACAUCCAGCAAACAGGCUCAAAUGCAGAGUCCUCCGCAGCCCACAUGAACAACCUGAAGCGAGGGCCCCAGCUGCGUCAGCCCCAGCCACUCCUCUACAUCAGCACCACAGGCACCGGGGGCCAGCGCACACGCAGACACUGAGCCAUCACCCGGAUUUAUCCUCAACACCAGCAGUAACACCCAAAAACCAGCUGAGCCUGGAGAGGGGAACCCAAGAGCAACCAUAGGUAACCCAGCCCAACAGUUAACCCCUCAGUGGCGGACAUGAAGCAGGAUCAUGACGCAGUAUGAUGGAGACGACCCAGACGGUAGCUGGACACCUCCACACAGGUCUCCUCUGUGCUUCGUUGUGGACACUCAGAGACCCACCAGCCUACAG